UAGAGGCGGUUAUUUUCAAAGAUACACCUGGCCACACCAAUUGGUGGAUUUUUGACAGGCCGAAAAAGUGUUUUUUUCCCAAACUUUAUUUUGCUUUCCUCUGCGACCUGCCGCGGCCGGAACUGGACAUUAUAAAUUGGGCGGCCAGUCGCCACCGACCGCCAAACCGACUGCCCACCCCCCCCGAACCCUUGAAACGUCGCCAAGCGAGUGACGCACGUCGGUGUGUUCGCCUUGUUAUUGUUGUUGUAGCAUUUGCUACGUUUGCUAGCUAGAUCUUGCCGGGGAAACGGACGGACAUCCAAUACCACCACGCAAAAGCCCCUGCCAAAUAUCUGGGGAAUCUAGGGCCGCUGGGAACACCUGGGAACUCCCGGGUGCUCGGGUGCGUCCGCAUGUGGCGUUGGCGGCACUCCAGCUCCAGAUAGAAGCCAGCGCCGAGGGGAAGUGCUUUGACAGCAGCAGUUAGCAAACAAAAAACAAACGACGCUCGUGACCUCAUCGCUUGCACACCAACAAAAACAACAACGAAAAGCACAGGCGGACGCUAGACGCGUGCCUCCUCAGACCCAUUCCAAUUAACAUUUUCCAAUUCAACUCGGAUCGGGCCUUAACUCCUGGCAGGGCUUUCGAAGAACACCCAUCGACCAGUACACAGUAGUAGUUGCGGAUAAGGCUGCCAACCAACAGGGAAACUUGCUCCUAGCUGGCCAGAGCUAGACUUCCGCAGACAACCAGUUGGAUUCCUGCCGUUUCGGAGUAGCUGAAAGCGCAAGGAUAUCUUCUGGACUUUGCAGGAAAGCGAAAACUAGAGCGUUGGCAUCCGUGCACUCCGGAAAGGAUCACUUUUGCAUGCCCACUGGGACUGGAAGGUCUUAGCCAUGGAUGUGGAAAGGCGGCGUCGGGCGAAUACGCUGGAGCGCGAGAUGCGCGAUCCGACCAGCAUCUGCAACGUGGACUGCUUGCUGGACACGGUCUCGGCUUUGGUCCACGACUGCGACCACGACUCCCUGCGGCGUCUCAAGAACAUCGAGCAGUAUGCCAACAAAUAUAAACCCCUCGCCCAGCGAAUCAACCAGCUGCGCAUGAAUGUGGAGGACUUCGACUUCAUCAAGCUGAUCGGCGCCGGAGCCUUCGGAGAGGUGCAGCUGGUGCGGCACAAGUCCUCCAGCCAGGUGUACGCCAUGAAGCGGCUCUCCAAGUUCGAGAUGAUGAAGCGCCCGGACUCGGCCUUCUUCUGGGAGGAGCGCCACAUCAUGGCACACGCCAACUCGGAGUGGAUCGUCCAGCUGCACUUUGCCUUCCAGGACCACAAAUACCUGUACAUGGUGAUGGACUUCAUGCCUGGCGGCGACAUAGUGUCCCUGAUGGGCGACUACGAGAUACCAGAGAAGUGGGCCAUUUUCUACACGAUGGAAGUGGUCCUGGCCCUGGACACCAUCCACAACAUGGGCUUCGUGCACCGUGACGUCAAGCCGGACAACAUGCUCCUGGACAGGUACGGCCACCUGAAACUGGCCGACUUCGGCACCUGCAUGCGCAUGAGUGCCAACGGGCAGGUGGUGUCCAGCAACGCCGUGGGCACGCCCGACUACAUCAGCCCCGAGGUCCUGCAGUCCCAGGGCGUGGACAACGAGUACGGACGCGAGUGCGACUGGUGGUCGGUGGGCAUCUUCCUGUACGAGAUGCUUUUCGGCGAGACCCCGUUCUACGCGGAUUCCCUGGUGGGCACAUACGGGAAGAUCAUGGACCACAAGAACUCGCUUAGCUUCCCACCCGAGGUGGAGAUAAGCGAGCAGGCCAAGUCUCUGAUCCGCGCCUUCCUGACGGACAGGACGCAGCGGUUAGGGCGCUACGGCAUCGAGGACAUCAAGGCGCACCCCUUCUUCCGCAACGACACCUGGUCCUUCGACAACAUCCGCGAAAGUGUGCCGCCCGUGGUGCCGGAACUGUCGUCCGAUGAUGACACCCGGAACUUUGAGGACAUUGAGCGGGACGAGAAGCCGGAGGAGGUCUUUCCGGUGCCGAAGGGCUUCGACGGCAACCAUCUGCCCUUCAUCGGGUUCACCUACACCGGAGACUACCAGCUGCUCUCCAGCGACACGGUGGAUGCGGAAUCAAAGGAAUCGAACACUGCGAACAGCGGGACGGCGGGGAGCAACAACCACGGCCAUAGCCACAACCACCGCCACCGCCCGUCGAACUCCAACGAGCUGAAGCGCCUGGAGGCUCUGCUGGAGCGGGAGCGGGGCCGGGCGGAAGCCCUGGAGCAGCAGGACGCCGGACUGAGGCAGCAGAUCGAACUGAGCACCAAGCGGGAGGCGGAACUGCAGAGGAUUGCCGCCGAGUACGAGAAGGACUUGGCCCUGCGCCAGCACAACUACAAGGUGGCAAUGCAGAAGGUCGAGCAGGAGAUCGAGCUGCGCAAGAAGACCGAGGCGCUGCUGGUGGAGACGCAACGCAACCUGGAGAAUGAGCAGAAGACGAGGGCGCGCGACCUGAACAUCAACGAGAAGGUCGUCUCCCUGGAAAAGCAGCUGGCGGAAAUGGAGCAGAGCUAUAAGGGCGAGACGGAGAACACGCAAAAGCUGAAGAAGCAGAACGCCGAGCUGGGAUUCACGCUCAAGUCGCAGGAGGAGAAGGUGCGCGACAUGGUCGAGAUGAUCGACACGCUCCAGAAGCACAAGGAGGAGCUGGGCCAGGAGAACGCCGAGCUGCAGGCUCAGGUGGUCCAGGAGAAGAACCUGCGGUCGCAGCUGAAGGAACUGCACAAGGAGGCCGAAAACAAGAUGCAGACGCUGUCCAACGACAUCGAGCGGACGCUGAGCCGGGAACAGAAGGCCCAGGAGGACAACCGGGCGUUGCUGGAGAAGAUCAGCGACUUGGAGAAGGCCCAAGCCAGCCUGGACUUCGAGCUGAAGGCAGCCCAGGGACGCUACCAGCAGGAGGUGAAGGCCCACCAAGAGACAGAGAAGUCGCGCCUCGUUUCCCGCGAGGAAGCCAACCUCCAGGUGGUCAAGGCCGUCCAGUCUAAGCUCAACGAGGAGAAGUCGGCCCGCAUCAAGGCCGACCAGCACUCGCAGGAGAAGGAACGGCAGCUGAGCAUGCUGUCGGUGGACUACCGCCAGAUCCAGCUGCGUCUCCAGAAGCUCGAGGGCGAGUGCCGCCAGGAGUCGGAGAAGGUGGCCGCCCUCCAGUCCCAGCUGGACCAGGAGCACAGCAAACGAAACGCCCUGCUCUCGGAGCUCAGUCUGCACAGCUCGGAGGUGGCUCAUUUGCGUUCCCGCGAGAACCAGCUGCAAAAGGAGCUGGCGGCCCAGCGGGAGGCCAAGCGGCGGUUCGAGGAGGAUCUCGGCCAGCUGAAGAGCACCCACCACGAGGCGCUGGCCAACAACCGGGAGCUGCAGGCCCAAUUGGAGGCAGAGCAGUGCUUCUCGCGCCUCUACAAGACCCAGGCGAACGAGAACCGCGAGGAGAGCGCCGAGCGGCUGUCCAAGAUCGAGGAUCUCGAGGAGGAGCGCGUCUCGCUCAAGCACCAAGUCCAAGUGGCAGUGGCUCGCGCCGAUUCCGAAGCCCUGGCCCGGUCGAUUGCCGAGGAGACGGUGGCCGACCUGGAGAAGGAGAAGACGAUCAAGGAGCUGGAGCUGAAGGACUUUGUGAUGAAGCACCGCAACGAGAUCAACUCCAAGGAGGCCUCCCUGGUCACGCUCAAGGAGGCAGAGGCGGAGCUGCACAAGAAGCUCAGCCAGAAGAGCGCCGAGUGCGAGGACCUGGUCCAGCAGCACAAGAAGCAGCAGGAGGAGCUGUCGCAGCUGUGCGGCAGCAAGGACGAGGAGAUCGCCAAGCUGAUGGAGAAGUGCAAGAACGAGGUGCUGCUCAAGCAGGUGGCAGUCAACAAGCUGGCCGAGGUGAUGAAUCGCCGGGACUCCGACCAGCCCAAGCAAAAGAACAAGGCCCGUUCCACCGCCGAGCUGCGCAAGAAGGAGAAGGAGAUGCGCCGGCUACAGCAGGAGCUAUCGCAGGAGCGCGACAAGUUCAACCAGCUGCUGCUGAAGCACCAGGACCUGCAGCAGGUGUACGCCGAGGAGCAGCAGCUCAAGCAGAAGAUGAUCAUGGAGAUCGACUGCAAGGCCACGGAAAUCGAGAACCUGCAGAGCAAGCUCAACGAGACGGCGUCGCUCUCCUCCGCCGACAACGAUCCCGAGGAUAGCCAGCACUCCUCUCUGCUCUCCCUCACACAGGACUCGGUCUUCGAGGGAUGGCUGAGCGUUCCCAACAAGCAGAACAGGAGGCGCGGCCACGGCUGGAAGCGCCAGUACGUCAUCGUCUCCUCGCGGAAGAUAAUAUUCUACAACUCGGACAUCGACAAGCACAACACCACGGACGCCGUGCUCAUCCUGGACCUCAGCAAAGUGUACCACGUGCGCAGCGUCACCCAGGGCGAUGUCAUACGCGCCGAUGCCAAAGAGAUUCCGCGCAUCUUCCAGCUGCUGUACGCCGGCGAGGGCGCCUCCCACCGCCCCGACGAGCAGAGCCAGCUGGACGUGAGCGUGCUGCACGGCAACAGUAAUGAAGAGCGCCCCGGCACCAUAGUCCACAAGGGUCACGAGUUCGUCCACAUCACCUACCACAUGCCCACGGCCUGCGAGGUGUGCCCGAAGCCGUUGUGGCACAUGUUCAAGCCGCCGGCGGCUUACGAAUGCAAGAGAUGCCGCAACAAGAUCCACAAGGAGCAUGUGGACAAGACGGACCCGCUGGCGCCCUGCAAGCUGAACCACGAUCCGCGCAGCGCCCGGGACAUGCUGCUGCUGGCCGCCACGCCCGAGGAGCAGUCCCUGUGGGUGGCCCGCCUGCUGAAGCGUAUCCAAAAGAGUGGAUACAAGGCCAACUCGUCGAACAACAACAGCACCGACGGCAGCAAGAUAUCGCCCAGCCAAUCGACGCGAUCAUCCUACAAGCCGUACGCUGUUAAUGUGCAACGCUCCGCCACGCUGCCAGCCAACUCGUCGCUGAAAUGAGCUCCACGCCGGGCCAUGACACGCCACGCCACGCCAGCCGAUGCCAGAUUCCAGAUCCUAGAUCCCAGAGUCUCAGCGAGUCUCCUGCAACGCAACAGCAACAGCAACAGCAACUGCAACUCAACUCAAGCAUCUGAAAUUAACGCUCUAAACCAACACAUGCUACAGUAAACUAAAAUAUUUUUUGAGUAAUUUACAUGGAAACCCCAAAACUAAACUCGAACUCAAACUCAAA